GCGAAUGCAACAAAGUCGGCAUGAAAUUGGUUUGCGAAACCUGUACCAUUAACCGUGCGAUGAGCGGUGGGAAGCGCGUGUUCCUCAAAACAAUACUGGCCAUCGGCAAAGGCUCGGAGCGGAAAGCGGAUGAACCGAAGAUCAUGCUCAUUACGACCAGCAACAAGACGGGCACAAAGUAUGGCGUUCUACAAAAUAUCAACAAAAUAUUCACCCGGUUUCUGGACGAAGGGAAGGCAACCAUUUCGUUCCUGGUGCCUGAACACGACGUGCAAAUCAAGAGCGAUAAAAUUCAGCUGACCGCCUUCCUGAAGGUGCUGAAACUGGUUUUCACCGGCGAUCGCCCGUCGGAAACCCUUGGUGCGGCUCAAUCUUCACAACCUUCGGCCGUACGGUUAUCCUGUUUGACGGUGAAUAACAAAAAGGCUUCCAUGUUAGGAUCGACCAACGUUCUGGCAACUCGGUGUGUUAUCAAACACCGUAAAGACUACCCCACGAAGGGUUUCUCGCGGCUGCUCGUGUCACUGCAAAUCUCCGAUAUUAAAUUGUGUCGUCUCGAUACGCAAUUAAUGUUGCUCCCUCAGCUGCGGUCACUUAAUCUAUCAAACAACUGCAUACAGCAGCUGCCACGCAAGUUUGGUCAGCUGCGACUAACAGAUCUGGAUCUAUCCAACAACAAGCUUCAGGACACUGCCGACUCCUGGGAGUGGCUUAUGGAGCCAAACCUUCAAUCGACGCUCCAAAUGCUCAAUAUCUCCGGCAACGAAUUGUCCUUUCUUCCGAUCAACGUGAUCUACGCACGCACACUCGUGACACUGGUGGCUAACAAUAAUCUUAUUAGUAAAAUUCCUUUCGCACUGUGGAAAAUGACCCAGCUCCGUGAGAUUUCGCUGGUCAGCAAUCGCAUCACGGCUAUCCCCGAAACACUUCGUCGGAUGAGACUUCAAAAGCUGGAUCUGUCAUCCAACCAGUUGUUCGAGAACGAAGCUACCGUGCAGGACUUGAGGAUGGAAGAACUAACCGCAACGGCUCACUCUCAACCCUCGAGCCUAUUCGAACUGGCGGCACGAGUUGCCAUUAACCGGAAAAUCCCGUACUGGUUGCCGGGAAAGGUGCCGUUUACCGUGCUGGAAACACUGCACCGCACACCGCUCUGUGGCUGUGGGCAACCGUGCUUUGAAUCGAAAGUUUACGAGCGGGCGAAAGUGGUCACUUUGAACUGUGUGCACAUAAUCCUGAACGCCAACCAACAGUUGUUCGCCGAUUGUGUUUUCUGUAGUCAAAAAUGUUCGCGAAAAGUCUAG